AUGAAGGAAGGAAGGAAGGAAGGCAAGUUGGAGAUGUUGCAAGAGCCAACAGUGUGGUUUCAGGAAGUCGCGGUGAAGUUGCAUCGACCGAGGGAGUCUCUUCCAAAACCCAGAUCUAUCUUCUUGAUGGCCAACCCCUUCAGGAGCCUGUGUACCUGUCUCAAUGCCUCCCCCAGGAGUAGCCGGGAUGGCGAGAAGGAUUCGCGGCGACCAUCCACAACGUUGGGUGGCGGAGAGAGGCGGCGCUCUGCGCUCUUCACUGCGAUCCACGACUUCGGGGCCAGGAGCAGCGACGAGCUCUCCUUUCAAACCGGGGACCAGUUUGAGAUCUUGAACGGCGACGCUGACUCCGACAGGUCGUGGUGGUUUGCGAGGAAACGGAGUUGCAACGACGGCGGCAAGUGCAAAGGAUAUAUCCCCUCUAAUUAUAUCGCCAGCAAUGAGAGCGUGGUCACCGAACCCUGGUUUGCUGGGAAACUCUGCAGAUCCAAAGCAAAAGAUCUACUCUGCACGCAGACAGUGAACGGGGCGUUCAUCAUCAGGGAAAGCGACAACGAAGAGAAUGCGUACGCCUUGUCAGGCAAAACAAAUCUCUUCACCGUUCUUGAUGAGUUGAGGAAGAAAAAAAAAUACCCGGCCAGAAUCUUAGCCAUGUGCCUUCAUCUCUUUAUCUCUUCAGUACUAGACGGAACCACAGUAAGACACUAUCGUAUCGUCCAAAACGAUGCUGGGCAGUAUUACCUCAAUGUCGUCACACAGUUUUCUAGCCUGAAGGAACUGGUGGAAUACUACAAGAUGAAUUGUCUACGACCUGGUCUCCAAUUAUCUAUACCUUGUCAACAACAACAUCGACCAAAUAUAAGAGAUUUGUCCCACUUGACGGUGGACGACUGGGAACGUCCCAGAUCAGAGUUCACCUUAACAGAAAAGUUGGGAUCUGGACAUUUUGGAGAAGUUUACGCCGGAUAUUGGAACAAUACGGUGAAAGUGGCCAUCAAGACGGUCGAAGUUGAUUUAAUGAAGGAGAAAGACUUCCAGAUGGAGACGCAGAUCAUGAAGAGGCUGCAGCACCCGCACCUCAUAUCUCUCUACGCAACGUGCACGACCUCUGAUCCGUUCUACAUUGUGACCGAGCUGAUGCAAUAUGGCAGCCUGCUGAAUUAUUUACGAAGCAAUGAAGGAUCGUGUUUGAACCUGGAGUGUUUGCUGGACAUGACGGUCCAGGUGGCCGAAGGGAUGGAGUAUCUGGAAUCACAAAACUACAUCCAUCGCGACUUGGCCGCGAGGAAUAUCCUGGUUGGGGAGAAUCACAGUUGUAAGAUUGCAGAUUUUGGAUUAGCCAGAAUUAUACAGGAUGGGGCAUACGUUUCGCAAUCGACUACAAUCCCCUACAAAUGGACGGCCCCAGAAGCGAUAGAGUUUGGUUAUUUCUCCGUGAAGUCUGACGUCUGGUCGUUUGGCAUCCUCCUUUAUGAAGUCAUCACUUAUGGAAAAACCCCUUAUCCAGGAAUGGACAACCAGGAGAUGGUGAGGGUGGUUUCUCAUGGCUACCGGAUGCCGUGCCCGGACGGAUGUCCAAACACACUGCACCAAGUGAUGCUGAGUUGCUGGGAGUGUACGGCAGCCCUUCGCCCGUCGUUUGCGACGUUAGUGAAGACGCUAUCAGCCUUCAACACAAUGCAUUUAUAUUAA